AUGUUCACAGUGAUGAGACAAUUCCUACAAGCCCAAUAUAGAGAGAAUGAAGCUUAUGAUGAAGGUGAAGAGGAGGAUAAGAGGAUACACCCAUACGGAUGCUGUGAUGAUGAUGGCCCGGGCCACAUGCAGAGAUCCUGGCUGUUUCGUAACAUAAUCGUUCUCGAACAGGUUCUGUAUAUAUUCAGUUUGGACAGUCUGUACUCGUCACUGAAGAAGGCAGCAGAAUGGCCCCAUAAAUCGAUUCGUUCUCACUGUAAAACCAUCAAUACGGGAUUUAAUGAAUAUGACCUUGUCGCAGAGGAACUGUGUAGGAAACUACCAAAUGUGAUUACUAUAGUGUCCGCUUUCAAGGACAACGAAUAUGACAACCAAGAGGGAGAUGCAACUCCCUGUAGUUAUCUGAAAUGGUGGAUUCUGAAAGUGUUUGAAGAGAACUAG